AAGUACUAUGUGCCAGGCACAGGAGACAUAGCAAAUGCAAAAGGAGAUUCAAGCUUUGCUUUCAUGGGUCUUAGAGUCUACUAACUCUAACUUAUGAAGAUCAAAUCUUUACUGAAACAAAUGUAAAAUGGGAACUGUGACCAGUGUUUUAAAGGAAAGACAAGGGAGCCCAAGACGGUGGGGGCCCGGGGAGAGGGUGGGCGCUGACAGUCUGAAGGGCGGUGGGGAGGGAAGCCCUGAAGAGGUGGUUACUAGGUGACUGCUAGGCAGGGGGCGGCGUUCUGUGGGUAGAGGCCCCUCGUGAGAUGGCCCAUCCCAGUGGGCCAGGGGAAGCCAGCAAGAGCCUGGCCACUCCAAAGGGUUGUGGGCCGUGGUAAGGGAACUCAUUGGCAUUUUUUGUUUCUGUAUUUUUUUGUUUUGCUUUUUGUGGGGUGGGGGAACAGUGGAGUGAAGGGAGGCUUGAGAGAGAAGGAGGUGGUCAAACUUAAUGGAACAUGGAUCAACGCAUCUUUCAAGGAAAAGAUUAAAAUGCAACCCCCUCCGAGGAACCUUCCCUGAUUUCUACACUUCAGAACUAUGGUAUCCCUCCGUUUCUGUCCUUGAAGCCCUGGUUGAGAAACUCAAGCAGGGCAGUCAGACCUGGGAUCUGUAAUUCCUGCUACGGAAGGUCUUCAGCCUUCCCGGGACUCAGUUUCCCCAGCUGUGCCGUAGCAGGUUGUCUCGAAGGACCCGCCCAGCGCUAACGCAACGUGAUUCGCUCUGGCAGGAGCAGGGGGCUGCCCGCAUUGCUGCGCAGGCAUCCGGCUGCCGGCUGGGGCAUCGUCACCCAGCUGCGGGCGCUUUUCUCCGAGCUAGGGGCUGCAGGCAAGGAUCGCGGUGCCAGACGUAACGCAGGGAAGCGGGGGCGCGACCCCCGGCCUGCGCAGGCACCGCGCAGCCCCGCCUCCGCAGCCAGCGGCCCUGCGGCAGCCCGGGCUGGAGCUCCGCCCUCCGCCUCCCGCCAGCCUCGCUCCCUCCUCCCGCCUCCCUCGGCUGCUUGCUCGCUUCCUCCCCCGGCCGGCUCCGCGCUGACUCCGCCGCACGCUGCAGCCGCGGCUGGAAGAUGGCGGGGAAUGACUGCGGCGCGCUGCUGGACGAAGAGCUUUCCUCCUUUUUCCUCAACUAUCUCGCGGACACGCAGAGCGGAGGGUCCGGGGAGGAGCAGCUCUGCGCCGACUUCCCUGAGCUUGACCUCUCCCAGCUGGACUCCGGGGACUUUGACUCAGCCACCUGCUUUGGGGAACUGCAGUGGUGCCCAGAGAACUCAGCCCCUGAACCCGGCCAGUACAGCCCUGACGACUCGGAGCUCUUCCAGAUAAUCGACAGUGAGAACGAGGCCCUCCUGGCAGCACUCACCAAGACCCUGGACAACAUCACUGAAGAUGAUGUGGGUCUGGCUGCCUUCCCAGCCCUGGACAGUGGAGAUACAUCCCCCUGUGCUCCAGCUUCGCCUGCCCCUUCAUCUGUGCCCCCCAGCCCCACCGUGGAAAGGCCCCAGGCCUCCGCUCCUGAGGUGGAUGAGCUCUCAUUGCUGCAGAAGCUCCUCCUCACCACAUCCUGCCCAACUUCAAGUCCCGAUGCCCAGAAGGAACGGACCGCCUGGCGCCAGGCCAGCCUCAGGCCCAAAAGUCAGCGACCUUGUGUCAAGAUGGACAGCACCCAAGACAAGAGGCCCCCCACAACGCAGUCUCAGAGCCGGAGUUGUACAGAACUGCAUAAGCAUCUCACCUCAGUGCCGUCCUGCCUCCUGGCUAAAGCCCACUCCCCAGAUAGGGGCCUGCAGCCGCCACCACCUCUGAGUCCCCAGCUCCCUGCUAGGGGGGAUGGGGAGCCUGGUGAGGACUGUCUGAGCCCCCAGCCAGCUCCGGCCCUUCCUCAGGGCUUCCCAGUACUGAGCAGGGCAGGCCCCAGCACCCAGGUUUCCCAGGAGGACAUGCAGGCGAUGGUGCAGCUUAUUAGCUACAUGCACACCUACUGUCUCCCCCAAAGGAAGCUGCCCCCACAGGCCCCAGAGCCAGCCUCCCAGCCCUGCAGCAGCCCCUCAAAGCAGGUCAAACCCCAGCCCCAGUCCCGGCACCCUUCCAAAGCUGCCUGGGCUGAGUUCUCCAUCCUGAGGGAACUUCUGGCACAAGAUGUUCUCUGUGAUGUCAGCAAACCCUACCGUCUGGCCACACCUGUCUAUGCCUCCCUCACACCCCGGCCCAAACCCAGGCCCCCAAAGGACAGCCAGGCCUCCCCUGGGCACCCAUCCCCUGCAGUGGAGGUGAGGAUUGCAGCUUCGCCCAAGAGUACCGGGCCCAGACCCAGCCUGCGCCCACUACGGCUGCAGGUGAAAGGGCGCGACAGCCGGUCGGCCAGGCUGCAGCAGGACAAUGACGAGGAGGAAGAAGAGGAGGAGGAGGAAAAAGAGGAGGAAGAGUGGGGCUGGAAAAGACCAGGCAAAGGCCUGCCAUGCACCAAGCUAGCGAGGAAGCUGGAGAGUUCGGUGUGCCCUGUGCGGCGGUCCAGGAGACUGAACCCCGAUCUGGGCCCUUGGCUGACGUUCACUGAUGAGUCGCUGAUCCCUGCGGAGCCCCAGGAAGCUCUGCCCUCACUGCGCCUUGCUUCUGAGGCCUACAGCGAGGCGGGGGAGCUGGGCAGCCCCAGGGACGAGGACAGUGGCCAAGACCAGCAGCUCCUCCGGGGACCCCGGAUCUCGGCUCUGGAGAGCCCCUGUGAGAGUGGGUGUGGGGACACGGAUGAGGACCCCAGCUGUCCACAGCUCCCUUCCAGAGACUCUCCCAGGUCCCUCAUGCUGGCCUUGUCACAAAGUGACCCUCCUUUUGGCAAGAAGAGCUUUGAGCAGACCUUGGCUGUGGAGCUCUGUGGCACAGCAGGACUCACCCCACCCACCACGCCUCCAUACAAGCCCACAGAGGAGGACCCCUUCAAGCCAGACAUCAAGCACAGCCUGGGCGAAGACCUGACUCCCAGCUGCCCCACCCUGGAGGUCCUCCAGCUUGAGGCUGCCACAGGGUCUGCCCAUAAGCUGCCUAAGAAGCACCCAGAGCGGAGUGAGCUCCUGUCCCGCCUGCGGCAUGUCACAGCCCAGCCAACCUCCCAGGCUGGUCAGAAGCGCCCCUUCUCCUGUUCUUUUGGAGACCACGACUACUGCCAGGUGCUCAAGCCAGAAGGUGCCCUGCAGAGGAAGGUGCUGAGGUCCUGGCAGCUGUCUGGGGUCCACCUGGAGGACUGGCCCCAGCAAGGUGCCCAACAGGCUGUGGCACUGGCCUCUGGCAGGGAGGAAGACAGAAGCUGUGGCACCAGGACCUCCCCUAAGGACAGUCCGCUGCUGAGAGACCAUGAGAUCCGCGCCAGCCUCACCAAGCACUUUGGGCUCCUGGAGGCCACUCUGGGGGACGAGGACCUGGUCUCCUGCAGGAGCCCUGAAUACGACACCGUCUUUGAGGACAGCAGCAGUGGUGAGAGCAGCUUCCUCCUGGAAGAGGAGGAGGAGGAGGGGGACGACGAGGAUGACGAGGACUCGGGGCUCAGCCCCCCUCGCUCCGACCGCUGCCCCUACCAGAGCCCGCCCAGCAAAGCCAGGUGGCAGCUCUGUUCCCGCAGCCGCUCCAGCUCUGGUUCCUCCUCCUGCCGCUCCUGGUCACCAGCCACCAGAAGGACCUCCAGAUGUGAGAGCAGAGGGCCAUGUUCAGAUGGAACACCAAGCGUCCGGCGUGCCAGGAAGCGGCGGGAAAAGGCCAUUCAGGGCGAAGGCCGUGUGGUGUAUAUUCGAAAUCUCUCCAGCGACAUGAGCUCCCGCGAGCUGAAGAGGUGCUUCGAAGUGUUUGGUGAGAUUGUAGAGUGCCAGGUGCUGACAAGAAAUAAGAGGGGCGAGAAGUGCGGCGUCGUCACCUACCGCUGUACGGAGCACGCCGCCCUGUCCCUGCGGAGUGGCGCCGCCGCGCAGACGCUGAGCUCCGGGGGACUCGGGCCCCGCCGCUGGCCCAGGCACGCUGACUACGAGGCCAGUGCAGAAGAGGCCCUGCCUGCAGCAUUGAAAAACAAGUACGAAGCCAUGGAUUUUGACAGCUUGCUGAAGGAGGCCCAGCAGAGCCUGCACUGAUAACAGCCUUAACCUUCGAGGAAUACCUCAAUACCUCAGACAAGGCCCUUCCAAUAUGUUUACGUUUUCAAAGGAAUUAAGUCUAUAGAAGGAGAGAGAGCGAGCGCAUGAGAGAACACACGUGAGAGAGAGAGACUUGAAACUGCUGUCCUUUUUAAAAAAAAAAAAAAUCAAUGUUUACAUUGAACAAAGCUGCUUCUGUCUGUGAGUUUCCAUGGUGUUGACGUUCCACUGCCACACUAGUGUCCUUGCUUCCAGCGGGUUGUCCCUGGGUGCGCCUCCCGGUGCUGGGCGGUCACCCAGCUCCCCUUCCUUCCCCUCGUAGACGUGCAGCCAUGUUCACCAUUAACAUUUCAUGUCUGUGGUGUGUGAUGAUGAAAUUAUUACUCAUGAAUAGAAUCAGGAUUAUAAACUCAUUUUCAAUUGAAGAAAACUAAAGUAUAUCCUUAAAAUAAUGUAUUUAUGGCUCAGAUGUGCUGAGCCUGGGAUUCUUGUAUGGCUUCCUUGAUUUUUUUAACUAUGCACUGUUGUGAGGUGUUUGCCACUGAGCUGCUCUGCUCCCUUUGCCAGAAUGCCCUGGAGGGGCUGGGUGGCCGGUAGGCUGGUCCCAAGGAAGAGCGGCCUGCAGACACAGCUGGGGGCAGCAGAGAGAAGUUUCUGGGCCUUUGCUGCCCAGCUCUGCCCUCUCUCACUGAGCAGGUUUGGGUGUAAUCACAUUCGGAGCCCUCGCCUGGUCCCUAGCUUAUGUGUGGAGUUUGUGCCUGGCCGUGAGCGCUCAGAUCCUCCCAGACCGCGUAGGGAAGGUGGGACAAGCCAGAUUAUUCCUGGUUUCCCAGGUGAGUUGGGCAGUGCUCUGAGUGGUGAAAUGGCUUGCCCAAGGUCCCACAGCCAGUGAGAAGGCAUAGCGGUGACGCAGCCCAGGACUCUUGAUGGCUGGUCCCAUGCUCCCACAGUAGCUGGGGUGAAGAUACAAAGUUGCAGGGACUGAUGGAGGUGAGUUCAGCUAAACUGGGCAGCAGGUAGAAGCCCACAGGUACAUUUUGGGGGUUGAGUCAACAGCUAACCCAUCAGCAUUAGGGGAGUUCAGCUCUGGGGUGUGUCUGGAUCCAGGCUUCCCUGUGGUUUGCCUACACCUGUGGACAUGCCGUUAGCGCAUCCGAGAAACACCUGGAGAGGCCCAGCAGGCUGUCUGGGGGCCGUCAUCCUUUCGGGGCCAACCAUCAAUCCUUCCUAUGCCCUUCAGCUUGUCUUUUCCUUUUCCUCACCUGUAAAGUUGUUUUAGUGACAUGGGGCAGGGGGAGCGGAGAGGGGGUGUGAGGGUCAGGUGUGGGUAACACAAACUCCAAGCUCCUUCCCAACUUAGAAAACAUUCUAAUUGGGCUUUACUUUAAAAUUUGUGUCCUUAAGUGGUGUCAAAGCCAUGUCCAGCUGGGUGUCCUGUGGGGGCCCUAGGGCUGGUUGUGCAGGAGGCACGGCUGGGCAGGGCAGAGCACCUUGCUAUGGGCAGAGCAGCUCCUGCACGACCUGCUUUGUCAGGGCUUGGGUUUAAAAAGCAAAAAAAUAAUGGUCCUGCUGCUCUGUAAGAAAGUCCAAAAUUGACUCAUUACACUGAAUCAGCUAAUUUAAUCUAUUGUUAAUGCCAGGCCUCAUCCUUUGAAACUUGUUUUUGUUUUUUUUUUUCAAAGAUUAUCCGGCACCUCAGUAGGUUAACUGGGCCAGUGAGCUUGUCCUGAGAGGUCGCACCCUCCAAGCCUGUGGAGAAGGCUGCAGGAGACUGGCUUUAGGAGGAGCGGGGAGCCUGAGCUCCUGUGUGUCACUUGACCUCUCUGAGCCCCAGUUUCCUCUUCUGUGAAAUGGACUGAGGUGGGGAAUUUAGCACGUUCAUCUUUAAGGUCCCUGUCAGCUCUGAUCGUCUUAGUUUCUGGUAAGGUGGUGUCUACCUCAAGAUGCCACAUACAUGACACAGGUACCACUGACUGCUACACGCUCGUGGCCAGUGGCAGACAUGACUUGUCAGCCACCGCCCUCCUGUUCUCUGGGCUUGGCCAUGCUAUCAGAACCUUAAACACAGUGCCCUGGCCGACGUUACUAACUGUUCAGAGUUUAACCUAUUUGACAUGCUGGUCUAGUCUUUGAAAGGUUUCCAUCAUACAGGACCGUAAGGUGGCUGGGCUUAACGCUGGUCUGGCCCAUCGCUGUCUGAUGUCCUGAUCUAGUUCCCCUAUAGCUAUUUUUUGACAUAAGACCUACAAUAUAACUGUGAUGCACAAUCCCUUUGGGGGUGGGUGGGGUAGAGAAAUGGAAUAGCAGACAUGAACAUGUUUGAGGAAGCAGGGUUUAUGAGGAUAGACCAAAAAAUGGACUUUCUACAGCACAGACCUGAACAUUCUAGAUUCCUUUUCCAGCUAUUCACUGCCUGGCACAUAGUAGGCACUUAAUAAAUGGUAUGGAAUGGAAUCGAAUAGAAUUUCAGUCCAACUGCUGCCUCCCUUAAGUCCUGAUUUACACCAAGGAGUAAAGUAAGAUCUCGUCGUGUGGAAGCCAAAGGGAAAAACUCUAAAUUCAGAGUCCGGAGAGCUGGGUUGAGUCCUGGCUCCACCAAGAACUUACCUGUGGCCUUGAUAAGUCACAGAGUCCCUUUCCCUCUCUGGAGCUAGAAAGAAUUGGACUAGGUGAUCUUUAAGCCCUUCAUGGCACUAGGCCAGAGAUUCUACCGUGGGCAGAACCACUUUGGGGUAAAAAAAUGGGGAUCUUUAGUGAAGAACAAGUCUCUUCCCUCCCCUCCUCUGCUGAAGCUGUCCUUUCCCAUUAGGUUAAUACAUGGCACUUAAGUUAAUAAGACAGUGACCCUUGAGCAGAGCAGAGCCGAGGUCUGAGUAUGGCACUGGGACACGACAUGCCUAAGGUCAGGGCUGGGGCUGCUGACGGGAGAGGAUGUCUGCCAGGAGCAUCUGAUAGUUUCUGCUCGCCUCCCAUGCAUACAAGGCUGCAAGUUCUAAGAUUGACCAAUCCCGGAGACAACCUUUAUCUGGAAGAUUCAUUCGGUGCUCUGUAUCAUUUACCAAGGAGACUCCAAGUUCUCUCCAGGAAAACUAGUCAACCUUGUCUCUUUCCCACCAAAUUAAGGAAUGACCCAGAGGGAGCAGCUGCCAUUGGCAACCAUCUUGUUGUAGCUCUGUCGUAGUAUUUGUUCUUGAUGAUGUUUACAUGUGAUUGCCAUAAAAGUUUACUGCAGACUGUGUCCGUAGCUGCCCAUGCAGGGCAGGUUGUUCUGUCCAUCUCUGUGCUGUGCUGGUGUUUUCUGAUAAUGUCUGAUCCACCCACUAAGUGGAAUUCUUCCAUCUCCUUCCUCAGUCGGUACAAGGCUGAAUCAGAAUCCUCACUUUUGGGGGCUCUGGUUACUGAAGGAAAAUGCAUCAAAGAGGUAAAGCAUUUGAAUGGGUGGAGUGCAGCAAAGGCUCCCUUAUCUCCUCGCCCUUGCCCUGCAACCAAGAAACUGCUUUCAGUCAAAAAGCACCAGUCAGUUGUCUGUAUCUGCCCUGAGGUCUCUCAGCACUGCAUGUCAAAUACACUCAGGAGAGAGGCGGGGCUUUGGGGGCACGAGGAGGAUGGGAGCACUGCUCUGACCUGCAAAGUCUUGGUACCCAAAUCUGGCUGUGGGAAGAGAUGCCAUAAGAAGUCUUUCAGUCACCUGAAGCCUGUGCUUGUUGAUGUCUAGAGAGCGAUUUCUUCUCGGCAUAUGCAACACGCAUGCUGAGGCCACUGUGCAAAGGUGAGUGGAGGGGGCAGGAAAGGCACUGACAGCAUGGUCCUUCUGCGUGGACAGGUCAGAACCCCAUACCAGGCCUCGAGUGCCAUUGGAAUCACAAUUGAGCCUGAAGCUUGGGAGACGGGGUCAUCCCAGCUGAUCUGCCUCCCUGUCAAACUGCGGUAUUUUUCUUAGCAUUUGAGACUUAGUAACUGCUCUCAGAUACGACCAAGGAAGGAAAUGGGAUAGACAAUAGGAAAUGAAGUGAACCUAAUGGUUUCAUAGGCUAAAGAGGAGAGAACACCCCCACCCCCACCCCACCCUUUCCCAAUGGGGCAGAUGGAAACCAGUUAGUACUUACGUGGAAUAUAUUUAAGCUGGUCUCCCAGUCCCUGAGGUGUUUGCACACAUAGAGGAGCUCCAGGGCUGUUUGCCGAGUCUGGAGGUACAGGGUAAGUGGAGGGAGAGCUUGGGAACUGGGAAACCCACAGAGGCCCUUGCCCCAAAACAGAUGUGGGGGGAGGGUGCCUGGCAGCCAACUGCAGGACAUCCCAGAAGUAGGCCGAGGCUGACUUUGUAGUGAAGCCAAUAAAAGCACUUUGAGAAAAUCACAACACUCCAGCCUGGCUCCAUGUUUCUGCACUGGCAAUUAGGGUUUCCUUUGGCUGUGCGAGGCACUCUGCUAGGUAUUAGCAUGGGGUCAGGAAGGGCAGGUGUGAGGGAGAAGAGAGCAGAGAUGUCUUCCUAGAUCUCAGUAGCAGGAGAGCACAUCCUAGGGCAGCCCUUUGCCAGCCUCUCUGCUGGAGGCCCCAGAAACAGAAUGGUGAGUUUAGAUCUUGCUACCUGUUUUUGUAAAUAAAUAAGAAAUAAAAGCCCGGCUGACAAGAGGGUUUGCAGAGCAAGUCAUUUAACUACAAGCCAUCUCAGAUUGAGAAGCCUGAUGUUUCUUACUUGCUAUGUGAUCUUGGGCCUUUGUUUCCUCACCUAGCAAAUGAGAAUAUAGGAUUGGAUGAGCAUUGAAGUCCCUUUCACCUCUGACAGGCACAGAUUCCCAUCCUGGAGCAUUAGGAAUCCACCACUAACUUGUGAAACCAAUUUCAUUCACUGGCUGUGCCCACUUCAUGUGGAGGGUGAGAAUUCUCUGCAAGGUAACCAACCAGCAGUAGAUUCAAACCCACACCGUCCUGGCUGACUCACCUUACUCCAGGGGGCCAGCUCCCCAGGACAGAGCUAAGCCAUAGUUUCUAGUGAGGAUGGCGAGAGGUUAAACCAGCCUGGCCAGGUGGCGGUGCCGAACCUCACAUCAGCCUUGCCAUCGUCCCCAUGGAGCAGCUUUUAGUUUGAAUGUUGUGACCAUUUGGCUGCUUCUCUCUUGCUCACAGACAAUGCUAGCAAUACACUUCAAAACAGCCAACUUAGGCACUUUCCACACAUUUCUUUCAAAUGAUUAUAAAACAUACGGGGACAGGAGGAUCACACUAUAUGUUUAGGGCAGCUUUCGUUUUUGUUCUUUAAUGGUAUAGCAGUGGUGACUGAAGCUUUGAGAUUUGGGGGCACGUUUUCAGAUACUCUUUCAUUAGAAUGCCUUGCGGAUCCUUAGAAGUAUCAAAGACAUCUAACUGCCUGAAUUGAGGGCUGGAAAAUUAUUUUGUCGGUCAUUCCCUGGGCUGUGCAACAUCACUUCCAAAAGGUGUUUAGAUACUAGAACCCUCACUGUUAGGUAUGUUUUGUCAAAGGAUCACCCACGGAAGCCUGAGAAAGCCUCCCGUUCCACUUUGCCAGCCUCGUUCAUGGGUGACUUAAAGGGACUGGUCAGCUUCCACUUCAGCACUUUGCCUUAUCAACGUCUAGUCGUCAUCUAAUAAUGGCCAAAGACUGUACCCACCAGCUACCCAGAUGGAAAGCAAAUAAACCACCUUGCUGUCCAACACCAUCUGUGGGAACAAAGUAUAACAGCUCCAGCGAACCGUGUGUGUGGAGAGCCCAGUGUAACACCAAUCACGGUCCUGGGAGCAACCACUUAGUAGAGUGUCACGCAGACUGAGAAGCACACUAGCUGUCCUGUGGGCAGAGGAGACUGAAACGGACCCCGUGUCCAGGUGCCCGGGAGGGGUUUACUGUAACUGCAAUACUGGCAGCCCAGCUGCUGACCUUGUUAAGUGAACCUCUGUUAGGUGACCUGCAUUGUACCCUCGGGAGAAGCAAAGAGGUUGGGUGUGGUGAUUCUGGGGGGUGGGGAGCAGGCCUGCCAUGGUCUUCGAUAUGGUCCACGAAUAACCGAACAGGUUUUUGUCUGUUUGGUUGGGUGGUUUUUGUAUUUUGUAUUUAAAAAAAUCUUGUCAAGUGUUUUGUGUUAGGAAUAAAAAGUCAUAAACUAUUCCCAACUUUGUUUCUUGAGGAAUGUUCUGAUUCCUGUGGUAACAGGUUGGAAAUCUCAAGGGACGUGUGGUCAGGGUGGUCAGUGGAACAGGGAAGUGGACUGCUUGGAUUUAAAGAUGGUUUCUGGGGGAGACGACCAUCCAGAAGUCCAGUUCGGUGCAGUCUGCUCUGGAAAUUCACCCCCAUCCCCUGCAUCUCCUUGUGCCACGGUGUUAGCAUCAACUCGGAGCAUCUGCUUCUUCCAGAGGCAGCUGCUGAUGUUGAUGCCUCCACAGGAUCCCUGGCCCCAGCCCCAGGUUUCUAGAGAGACAGUGUCUGUAGCCAGCCUUACCUGACUUGGCACGGCAGUCCCUGGGGCCCCUUCCAGCAUUUCCAAAUCUUGGACUCAAAUCCUUUUCUCUUGGUGUGGUCAUGCAGCCUCGAGAAUUCUGAGCAAUAGGGAGCCAGGGCUUUCCCCGGCUCUGUGACAGGGAUGGACCAGGGAAUGGCUCGACUUGUGGGGUCUGGACAUCCCCAGGGUUACUGCUGUAGGGGGUGUUAUUUAUUAGGAAGCCCAACAAGGUAACUACAGCCUGGGGUGUGUGAGUGCAAGGCUGUGUGCACCUGCACCUGUGCACGCCUGUGUGUGUGUGUGUGUAAUUACAUUGAUGCAUUUCUUGAGAAAGGUGCAAGAAUUUCACCUACACAGAGGGACACAUCUGCUUUGUUGUUUAUAAUAGAAAGCUAAAUUUUAAUUUUUUAAAGGACACUGCUAAUGAUUGAGAAUCGAGUUUUUAGUUUUGCUGUUUUUUUAAUUGGUAGAGGAUUUUUAUAUAUUUUUUUCCAUUUUGUUGGGUUGUGUCCUUAUUUAUAUAAAUACUUUAUCUGUAAGGCAAGGAAGAGACCUUCUCUGCUUUCAGUUAUUGUGGUUGUCAUCGUCCCUGUUUUAUUUCUGGUGUGAUUUAUCUGUCUUACCUUCUAAAUGAGAAAAUGUUUUCCUGUAUUUGUACAUGGUCAGAUUCUAUAGUUUCCUAGAUAAUUUAACCAAAUUGCUCUAUGUAUUAUUAUUCUGUGAGUAUAAAGUUCUAUUUUAACGUCUGUAAAUACUUCAAAACUAGCUUCUUUUCUCAAACUCCCACUGUGGAGUUAUUGUUUACAUCACAAAAACUGUAGAAUCUCUAUGCUCAUGUAAUGUAAAUAGUGAAGUGAUCUGCUUAUAAAUAAACUUAACAAAUACUCUAUGGAGAUUAAAAAGAAAAUACCACCCAUA